AUGGCUCCCUGCUCCACCAACUACUCCUCUCUUCACCACAUCAGGAUCUCUGAGAAAGACAACAUCAAAUUGAGAAAACCUAUUGUGGAGAAAAUGCGUAGAGAUCGCAUCAACAGCUGCAUCGAGCAGCUCAAGAUCAUUCUGGAGAAGGAGUUCCACAAGCAGGAGCCCAACUCCAAGCUGGAGAAAGCCGACAUCCUGGAGAUGACUGUGAGCUUCCUGAGGCAGCAGCUGCAGCCAGGCCUCUGUCAGAGCGACUACAACCAAGGCUACUCUCACUGCUGGAGGGACUCUGUGCACUUCCUGUCUGCUGCAGCAUCCAACACAGAGGCCUCUGUCACUCCUCUGCAGGGCCUCCAGCAGCAGGAGCAGCAGCUCUGUCAGACCCAAAGAGCCAGCAGCUCCUCUCCAAUCUGCUCCAUCCUCAGGCCCACCUCGCUGCAGGACAGCAGCAGCAGAGGCCCCGUGUGGAGGCCUUGGUAG